UUUUUCAUUCAGCAAUAACUCUUCAUCAGACUCUUGAGGAGACAGAAAUAAAGAGCUCAGCGGCAGCACACACACACACACACACACACAGCUCUCUCUCUCUCUCAAGUGUUACUCAGCGAGCAUCUGGAUGGAGGAAAACGGAGGUGUGGAGCUCACACAGAGCCCUGGGACGCUCACCGAGGACGAUGUGUGUGUGAUCCAGGACACAUGGAGACCCGUCUAUGAGAACCGGGAGAACGCUGGAGUCGCUGUGCUCAUCAGGUUUUUCUCCAACUUCCCAUCGGCGAAGCAGUACUUCGAUCAAUUCCGUGACAUGCAUGAUCCUGAGGAGAUGAAGCAAAGCGUCCAGCUGAAGAAACACGCCCUGCGGGUCAUGACCGCCCUCAACACGCUGGUGGAGAGCCUGCGCGACGCAGACAAACUCAACACCAUCUUCCAGCAGAUGGGCAGAUCACACGCGCUCAAACACAAGGUGGACCCGCUUUACUUCAAAAUUCUGGCUGGAGUGAUUCUGGAGGUGCUGGUGGAGGCUUUCCCACAAUGCUUCAGUGCAGCGUCGGUGCAGAGCGCCUGGUCUAAACUCCUGGGCGUCCUGUACUGGCAGAUGAACAAAGUCUACGCUGAAGUCGGCUGGGACUCCAUCAAAAACACUUCAGAGUGAAAGAGAAUUAAUGCAGAAUUAUAAGAAUUGAAGCAAAGAUUAUGACAGUGAUGUCAAGUAUUGAAUUCAUUUCUAAGUGAAAGAAAAAGAUGUAGCAGAAAAUAAAGAUUUGUUGUUAAAUUGA